CGCCAGAGAAGGGUGAACGCGGCCAGGUGCUCGAGAAGAUGCUCAGUUAACGGAAGCUUCCAGUUUUAUAGACCGGCCGUUCAAAACAGCCUGCGACUUCGAGAAGCGAUUUCGACAGAGUUUCUGGUUGAAGGUCUAACUUUUGGCGGAUAUUUUGUUGCGAAUAACUAUUGAUAAUAGUCAAAAUUUCUGCGGACGUUUGGGUGUCCGAAGAGUUCAAGAUUGCGGACACUAGCAAACAGCUGUUAAUGCAGGAGUUCAAGUUCUGCGGACACUGGCGAAUUUUUGCUUAUAGAGGAGUCACAUUUUUUUGCCGGAAAUUAAGCCUUCUAGCAGACGAGGUAUCAACUCCAGUUGCUGCAUCGUUAAAAUCUUGACAGACAUUAUUAACAAACAACAGUUGAUAGCAACGCCUAAGCCUUUCGGCACCAAAGGGAUCAACUACAUUUGGUAGAAGCGUGAAACAUUUUGAAAGAAACUAAGUUUUUAAUGAAGUUUUAGAAACUUUGCGAAAUCUCUUUGCUUUGAUCAAGCAACACUGAAAAAAACUAUGCAAAAAUACAACAUACUAUAUGGGACAUAACAUCAAUGCGACCUGACCAUUCAGGUUAACCCGAUUCGAACGAAAUCGUGACAAAUUCGAACUGUGCUUCGGAAACGACAAAAACAAAAGUGACCCACGAAUAAAAUAAGGCUGAAAUAACAGUAACAUCGGAUAAUAACGUUAUCUAACAUGAAAUUACAGCCGUGUGAACAACGUAUAACCUCAUUUGAAAACGCGAAACAGUAAAACAUCCUGCAGUGACAACUGACGUUUGAUUUUUGGGAAGUGUCUCGUUUGAGUUGCAAAGUCUCAUUACCAGGUGACUCUGAAGUGUCUCUCGCUCGGUUCACGACGUCAGGAAACAAAGAUGGCGCUGGGCAUCACGACAGUAGUGACGUCAUUUGCUAUCCUGGCCAUUUCAUUUAGCCUUCAGGCGACUGAAGCUGCUCCCAAGUGGAGACCCCCUGCCGUCAGUAAUAGAAGGAGUUCAGGAUCUGCUCUGCCAGGAUGCUGGACACCCAGGGGAAGGAUGGAACUCGGGCAGCGAGUAUACCCUGGAGGAUGCUCUAGGAUCGUCUGCAAAAUCAUCCAAGGUCAACCAGUUAUAGAGCAUCAAUUCUGUGAAAAGAUAAAAGUUCCAAAACACUGCAUCGCCCAGGAGCGCCCUUGGAAACGCUAUCCUGACUGCUGCCCUGAGGUCGUUUGUCCUCCUACGCAGCAGAGUUACUAUGGAGGUUAUGACACUCGACUCUACCAGCAAGGAGCUGCAAUACCUAACUACUACCAUUCUCCCUCCUCCAUUCAAGAGGGAUUUGCUAUGGGAAAUGAAGGGUCGUUCCACGGCGUAGCGAGCCAACAACAUCAGAAUCCAUCCAACAUUAACGGGUUCUUCCCUACUCCGCAGCCUCUGCAAAUGGCAACGGACGUGGUGUACGGCAAAGGGUUCUCCAGCCCUUACCUUGAAACCUCGUCAGUGAGAGCUAAUACAGAUCAACAGCUGGUUUUAAUUGAUGACAACAGAUAUCCAACAGAUUUCUGGGAUCCCAAGGAACUGCAUUACCUAGUUUCACCAAAUAAUGUGCUUGACUUGUGGAACAAUGACUACCAGGAAGAUGUGGCUCAUGAUGGAUGGAACGCGGAUUUUGAAUCUGGGGAACCUUAUGAAUACAGAGAGUUCCAGGAUACAACGACUACUGAUCCAACACAAGCAACGCCUUUUGUCAUCUCUUAUGUUGACUCUGCAGUUGAUGAUUCAACAAAGAGCUCAUACUCUUUCUACAAUGAUGCCAAUGAAGUCAAGACAUCUCCCUUACCCUAUCGUGAGCAGAUUUUCACAGCUCCAGUAGUAACAGGACAUCAAAAUGUAUCACGAACUAGGAGACCAGGAAUGAUACACUCUAAGGGAAAACAAACAGCCAAACUGGAAAGUACGACAGAAACGACAGAAGCACCUCUUGCCAGACCCACAACUUAUUCACCCCACAUAAGCCUAAGAAACAGAUAUAAACCCACUUUUCCUGUGCAUCAGGUAAGCACCCAGUCCUCUUUUCCUCUAAGUAACAAUCCAUCCAUAACAAAAAUAACAUCAUUAACAACAGAAGAAUCAAUAACAACAACUCCAACCACAAGAACACCUAAAACGACCAUGAAGGAACCAACCACCACUUCAAAGAAGGACUUGUUUUUGGCAUCUGUGAAAGAUUCUAAAGAGUCAUCUCACCAGUAUGAAGAGCAGCCAACACAUCAUCAAGAGGACGACUCAGACGAUUCAGAAGCACCAAGUAAGAAGUUUACACGACUUCCUCCAGUCAGAAAAACCACCACAACUCCUUUUGAAAGAAUAACAAAGAGGGUGAGACCAUCUGGUGCCCCAAAGAAACGCUUUAGAAUUAGAAAAACAACAACGGCACCUACAACGACAGCAACGCCACCAUCCUCAUAUGAGUUUGUAUCGCCAGAACUUGACCCACAAGAUCAUGACCUCGUAGAAUUUAUUCAUACUCCUCUUGACCCCUCUGCCCUUAUUCCAGGCCACGAUGGAUAUUUACAGUCAAAAUAUGAUUCAACAAGAGAAUACUCAGGAAAGGAGAGUGGAGAUGAAGACAAACGCCAAAGGAGAAGACGUUCCGUCCCAGCAGAUGCAAAGCAUGAAGAUGAAGAAAAAGAUGAGACAAGAACCAAACCCAUUUUUUACAUUCCUUGGAGAAAUGCUUUAGAAAGUACUUUAUCCAUAGAUGCCAAAACACUGACAGAGUCACAGUCUGCAGAGAAUUCAUACCCGCCAACAAAAUUCGAACAAGCAGCCAAUAUUCUGAAGGGACUAAUGAGCCACCCUUCCUUACUGGCUGGAGUUUUAACAUCCAAAAAGAAUGUGGCACCUCCUACAGAACCUUUGGGAAACAAAACUGCAUCAAGUCAUAACUUUACCUUGAAUGAUGAAAGGACAAAUCAGAGUAAUAAUCACAGUGCUGAGCAAGAUACACAAAGUACAGUCGCUUCAAAGAACAACACUGAAGAAGAUCCUUAUGACAGCCUUACUAUUUCAGAGAGAAAAUCUCCACCUGAGAAUGAGGAGAAUUCAAAUACACCUGUUGAAAACUCUCCGGAAAAUAACAAUCUUGACAUGGGCAAUCUAACUAUUACAAAUGGAAGAAACUCAGAUGCACAAAGUAUGGUCUCAAACAACGCUUCAGACCCACAAGUAACAAUAAUUACCUUUGAUACAGUACAUCCCAGUAACAAACCGACAGAAAAAGACACAGGGAAGGUCAAUAUUUCUUCACCCAUAGAAAAGGAGAGUCCUGCACAGGAUGAUAGGAUGGCAACAAACUCUUCUUCUAUUACUCAAGCAACAUUAAGUUCAGAAGCAAAAUCUGACAGCAUUCAAUUACAUAAUGAAGAAAAUCAGACUACAGAGUUAGCAGCGCUUGUCGAUAAUGGGAAUUCAAACACCUUUAAUCUCCAGUUUGCAAGUAAGAAUGUUUCCAUGAAUAUUCAGAGAGCUGUUAAUAAGAGAGGGCCUAACAGAGAGCACAAUAGUACCAUGACGGCCAUCAUUUUUGCCACAAAUAACAGUGAGGUGAACAGUGAAGAUAAUUCUCCAAAUACGAGAAGAUUGCCCUGGUCACCACGACCAUCAAGAGAAAACCAAAACAAUGGUUUCAGCUCUGAAGCUGUUAGAACGAGAAUUCAAGUUCCCUUCCUGAAUUAUGAAAGGAGGAGCAAAGACCCAACUCUCGCGCUUCCAAUGGAACCAAAGAUGAUUACAAGUGAUUCAAAAGAAUCUUCCUUUACUACAAUAGCUCAAGAUUCUAAAAAUGCAGAGGCCCCCAAUCAUAAUCAAGGUGAAGGUACCAUCCACACAGUGAAAAACACCAAUGACCGCACAAGGGAACUGUCUCACUCCCGUGUUGACAUGAAGGAAAGAAAAAAUGAAUAUUACCCUAGAAAGCGUACUGUGAAGGACUCUAAUAUUCCCCAUCUGAAGAUGGUUGAUGAUUCUAACUUUUCAAGAUCAAUGGACAGAUCACUUCAACUGGAGCCUACCAGAAACUUCUAUGCAGAGUCUCAAACUUAUAGCGACUGGUCAGGUGAUUCACAAAAUGUCACUGGAAGAGAACUCUCAGGAUACCCAUAUGACAUACAUCCGAAACCAGAGCCUAGGUAUAGGUAUGGACUGAUAUCACAAUCUGAGGAUAAUCACAGCCUGCCACCUUUUUCUGCAACAAUCAGUGAGGUACCUCAUUCCUUCAUCCAAAGUUUUCCAAGCGGGCAAGGCAGAUCAUUUAGAGGAAGAGACUCUAAACCAAUUACUAGUUCUGUUACAUUCUCUAAUCCUCAUGUAGACUCAAUUUUAUCUCAAUACAGCAAAUCUUUUGAAGACAACUCUGAUAAGUCAAAUCAUGAUUUUUACAGUGAAACAAAUUCUGAAUCACUUUUCCCUUCCUCUGGUAAUCCUCAAUUUUCUUCAUCUUUUGGGACAGAGCAUGACCUUGGCUUGUUUGAUAUUUCUAACCACGAUAGUAGUCUCAGCAACUACUUUAAAAGUGAGCUUAAUUCAGGUACAACCAUUAAAGCUAGUUCAGGCAAUACUGAAACAUCAACAGUGUCUAAUCCAGAUCAUACUUCAUCUGAGCAAGCUUCCGAAAGUGACGGGAAUAUUUUUGAAUUACGACAAACUAUAUCUUCUCUUUCUGUCCCUCCUUAUCCUCUACCAACUGCAGAUCAAUCAAAACCACAUUCUGCAACCACAACAUUCAGUGUUAAUCCUGAGAAUGUUCCUUUAACACUGCCUAGAAGCAAUGCUGGUGUGAAGUACUUAUCUGCAACAUCAUUGCAAGGAAGUAUCUACAAUGAGGAGAAACCUACUAUUUCACCUCAACCAGAGGUUACAAGUGCUCCUCCAAACAAUACCUUACUUAACUCUUCUUCAAAAGCGCCACAUCUGCCAAAACCUAUCAAUAACUUCAGGACAAGAUUACAAACACCAAGAACCCAGUCAAAAUCACUACAAAGCCAACAAACCCUCUCAAACCAGCAUCUCAAUUCCUCAGAGACCAAAAAUGAUUCACUCCAUAACAAUGGGCUUCCCAGAUUUUCCAAAAUAUUGCCUAGGCAACCUGUAUACCCGAAUCUAACAAAAGACUCUGUAAAUGGCACAGCCAAAGAGAAUGUUGAGAAUGUUGACUCUACUAUUAACUCUCAAAGUUCAGCUGAUAAUUCGGGUCCUCCACCUGAGCAAGGAGGGCAGCAAACACAACGCCGUCUGAGGAACAGAGGGUUUGCUAAUCAAGCUUUACGACAAAGAACGAACAGGCGGGGAAAUAGCCAGUCAAGAAAUGUACCUAUAACAAGCCCAACUACGCAAGAACCUACUGAAAAUCAUAGAAGAAAUUCUUAUCAGACACCAAAGCCUGCUCUUGGAUCCACAACUCUAACCAGCAAUCAGCAAAGAAGAGUUAGCAGCCGGCAGGGUUUUAAGCCACAAAGCCAUCCACUUUCGGAACACCAACCAACCAGAACACUCCAGAAUCAGGAUCCAAGGAUUUCACAAAAAUUAACAGCCAAUGAGUCAACCUCUACAGAAAGCCAGCCUGCCAGGACACAUCAGAAUCGCAGGUUUCCACAGCAAACGUCAAUAAACAAGUCAAACUCUAAUGACGCUUCAUCUUACAGGUCAAGGGGUACCCAUAUAAAUACAAAUCCUGUGUCCCCUCCAAGGGCUCCUGUACCUGCUCCAGCCACCAUUUCCCCAGUAAUAACAAAGGCAACUGCACCUGCCCCAACUACAGUUCCUCCUUUGAGAGAGAAUUUUUCUGAAGAAAACAUAAACUUCAACCCAGAUGAUGCCUCUUUAUUAUACUCAGACUUCUGGGAACCAAAGAAGAAUGCUUCGUGAUGACCUGAAGCCAUUCAAAUCUUCAGAUUUCUUUUGUAAAUAAUUUCCACAAAUACUUUGAUAUGUUCCUUCUAUACGAGUAAUUUAAAAUUUGGUAACAGCAGAAAACUGUGAUAGAAAAUUAAAAGCAUUAACUUUCAUAAGAGUUAAGGAAAAGUGUGCAUUAACCAUUUUUACUUUGAUGUUUAAUACUUAAAAUUUUUUCUUGUAUCUGUUUAAGAUGUAAGAACAAUUUCCUGCACAGAUUCCCAGACAUCUUUCCUUCCCUCUACAGAUGUUGUGCCCUGUAUUUAUUCAUAUAAUCUUUGACACUAUACUAGGUUUUUUUCCAUCUGUCCACCCGCCUGUGGUGUUUGCGCAUGGUAACACUACGUCCUGUUUUUAAAUAGCUACGCUGUGUGUAAGUUUUAGGUAAAAAAAAGGAUAUCUGGGUGUACAUUUGCAACUGAAAAGUGUUUUAAUAAUUUACUGUAUGAGAAUUACACCGUUAAUAUUCGAAAUAAGAUAUUAUUUAAAGCCCGGGACACAGUGUUACCAUGUGCAAACACCACAGGCGGAUGGACAGAUGGAAAAAAACAGAGGAUAGUUAUGGUGAAAACUCCUAUUUAAAAAGGAAGCAGAACAGUGGGCUUCAUAGCUUAUGAUUUUACGUCACAGAGGUCUGCAGUUGAUAGGCAUCAAAGUAUGGAUCGUUUUCUUUAAAAUGUCUAUAUUUAAGUCUAUUUAAUCAUCACCUAAUAAAGGUUCUACAAAGAAAACUGACUAACCAA